GACAUGUCUGCUGCCAAAUGUCGGAGAUCUGAAAAUCAGUUUCUGUGCUCCAUCUGUCUGGAUGUGUUCACUGAUCCAGUCACUACACCAUGUGGACACAACUUCUGCAAACACUGCAUCACUCAACAUUGGGAUACUACUGAUGUAUGUAAGUGUCCCCUGUGUAAAGAGAUUUUCAACACUAGACCUCAGCUGAAGAUCAACACUUUCAUCCGUGAGAUUGUUGCUGAGUUCAGACAUGAAGCUCAACAGAAAACCAGCAGCAGCAUCUCAGAGCAACAAGCUACCAAACCAGGAGAAGUUCCCUGUGACGUCUGCACUGGAACCAAACUGAAGGCCCUGAAGUCCUGCUUGGUGUGUCUGCUCUCCUACUGUGACUCUCACCUGGAGCCUCAUCUGACAGUGUCAGGUCUAAAGGGACAUCAGCUGAUCCACCCUGUGGACAACCUGGAAGACAGGAGGUGUAGGAAGCAUGAUAAACCUCUGGAGCUGUUCUGUAAGACCAACCAGACAUGCGUCUGCAUGUUCUGCUCUGUUUUAGACCACAAGACACAUGAUGUUGUUCCUCUGAAAGAAGAAUAUGAAGGAAAGAAGGCAGAGCUGGGGAAGACAGAGGAUAAAAUUCAGCAGAUGAUCCAGAAGAGACGACUGAAGAUUGAGGAGAUGAAAGAGUCAGUGAAGAUGAGUAAAGAUGCUGCAGACAGAGAGAAAGCAGAAGGUGUUCAGGUCUUCACUGCUCUGAAGGAGUCUGUUGAGAGAGGCCUGGACCAGCUCAUAAAGGAGAUUGAAGACAAACAGAAAACAACAGAGAAACAGGCUGAAGGUUUCAUCAGAGAUCUGGAACAGGAAGUCUCUGAGCUGAUGAAGAGGAGCUCUGAGGUAAAGCAGCUCUCACGCUCUGAAGACCACCUCCACCUCCUCCAAAGCUUCUCCGCCCUGAAAGAUACUCCACCCACCAAGGACUGGACAGAGGUCAGCGUCAGUCCACCAUCAUAUGAGGGGACUGUGGUGAGAGCUGUGACUCAGCUGGAGGAGACACUCAGUAAAGACAAGAAGAAGCUGCUUGAAGCUGAGUUGAAGAGGGUCCAGCAGUAUGCAGUGGAUGUGACUCUAGAUCCUGAUACAGCAAAUCCUCACCUCAUUCUGUCUGAUGAUGGAAAACAAGUGACUCAUCGUGAUGUGAGGAAGAAGCGUCCAGACAACCCAGAGAGAUUUUCUACAUGUAUUUGUGUUUUAGGAAAGACGAGUUUCUCUUCAGGUAGAUUUUACUUUCAGGUUCAGGUUAAAGGAAAGACUGACUGGGAUCUAGGAGUGGCCAGAGGGUCAAUCAACAGGAAGGGAGACAUCAAACUGAGUCCUCAGAAUGGUUACUGGACUGUAUGGUUGAGAAAUGGAAAUGAGUACAAAGCUCUUUCUGGUCCUCCAGUCAGUCUCUCUCUUGGUUCUCGUCCUGAGAAGGUGGGGGUGUUUGUGGAUUAUGAGGAGGGUCUGGUCUCCUUUCAUGAUAUAGAUACUGCAGCUCUUAUCUACUCCUUUACUGGCUGCUCCUUCACUGACAAACUUUACCCAUUCUUCAGUCCUUUUCUUUCUAACUAUGGUAAAAACUCUGCACCUCUGCUUAUCUGUCCUGUCACUCAAACUGUCUGAUCCAUUUAAUGAUGAAACUUUGAGAUCAAUGAAUGAAGUUAUUGAUCUUCACUCUUUAUUCACAAAUAUGCUUUAAUUCUUCA